UGUUUAUAAACAAAUAAAAAAACAUUAACAUUACCGCACAUCAUCAACAAGAAAAAAAAUGACCAAUAUGGACAUUAACGAUGAUGAUGAUGACAACAACAACAACAACAAUAAUAAUAACAUGAUGAUGCCAAAACAGACGAUAAAUGUCAUCGAUCAUCAUCAUCAUCAUUGCUGUGAUUCAAUACAAAAACAUAAUUUCGGCAGACAAAAAUGUCAAUUUUUAUAUUCAAAUUAUUCGGAAUUUUUCGAUGAUGAUGAUGAUGAGAAUUCUAUUAUCAAUAUAAUAUCCGAUAGUGUAAAUGAUUCUAGUUAUUAUAAAAUUAUUGACCAUCAUCAUCAUCCUCAUAAUAAUGAUAAUGAUGAUGAACAUCAUAAAAACGUUGAACAACAACAACAACAACAACAAAUAAUGGAUAUGUUUGUUACCAGAUUCGUCACGAACACCAAUCAUUGUGAUAAUCACGAUGUUGAUGAUGAUGAUGAUCAAUCCGAACAGAAGAAACCAAAAACAACUAAAACAAUAACAACAAGAUCAUUAUCAUUAUGGCCAUCAUCAUCAUUAUCAUCAUUAUCAACUAUUUCGACAACAUAUGGUUCAUCAUAUAGAUUUCAUCAUCAUAAUAAUAAUCAAUCUGAAUCUCAUCAUAAUAAUCAUGGAAAUUGGCUUUAUUGGUUACAAUUAUGUUCUGUGAUAUACAAUAUGGUUGGUUUUAGAUGGCUAAUACCAUCAUCAUUUGAUCGAAAAUUUAUUUCAUCAUCAAUUUUAUCAUUAUUCAUCAUCAUUAUCAUUAUAACCGAAUCAAUGGCCAAUACAACAACAACAACAUCAUUGAUGAUGCCACAAUCAGCUGAAGCAUUAAUAUCAUCAUCAUCAUCAAGUGAUAGUACUGAAUUAAAGUGCCAAAUUAAUCCUGAUAUUGAUAAUUAUGGUCCUGUACAAUGGUCAAAAGAUGGUUUUUUAUUGGAUGAUCGAACCAAUGAUACUGAUGACUACAAAUAA